AACAGCAACUCCCUCUGCUUCUAGCGCCUUUUUUUUGGCUUUAUUGAAACCUCCGUUUAUAUAUUUCUUUUUCAUCCUUCUGUAAGAAAAGUCGCUACAAAAAUAAAAGAUGGCUCUUUUGUUUUGAGUGAGCGCUCCCACCCCCCCAACGCUCACGCUCUUUUUUUUUUUCUUUUUUUUUUUUUUUUUUCUUUUUUCUCUCCCCGUCCACCACCUCCACGCUCCACAUCUCUCAGCGGUAAUGUGCGUGUUCACGGCCGCAGGCUGCUAGCGCCUCAGGAGCUGCUCUCAGCGGGAACCUGCACCGGUGAAGCUAACUCAGGAUGCUACGGCCUUGUUGGUAAGCAGCUCGACUUCCGACCAAGGCCACGGUAACCUCCCUCCUCCCUCCUAAGCAACGACCAGCCAUCCUCAGCCAUGUCUAACCUAAACAGUGCACUUUGCAUUGAAAAUGUACAGAACGCCGACUUGUCUCUUUUACAAAAGGAUACUCUCCAGGAUGGUGGAUUAAGCCAGCUUUUGGAUUAUAACGCUGAAAUGGAAAGGUACAGGUCUUUUGCCAACUUUUACAAAACCAAUGGGGCAUUUUCGCAGUCUGCCAAGAUCGCCCGCAUCACGACGCCCAUUUUUCCCAGCGCCAGAAUUGGCAUGUCCCCUUGGAACUGCGAUAACGCCAUGCUCUGGGGGAGGAAAUCAGCGGCAAUAAACCCUAAUAGGACCAGCAUGCAUAGAAAUGACUCCCAGAGGCCGGGUAAGCCUGGCGUGCCGCCAGAGACGCUGCAAAUGGCAAAUAAUAAUUUCCUCUCUACCUUAUCCCCCGAACACUGCAGACCUUUAGCAGGAGAAUGCAUGAACAAGCUGAAAUGCGGCGCUGCCGAAGCAGAGAUAAUGAAUCUCCCUGAACGCGUUGGAACUUUUUCAGCUAUUCCGGCUUUAGGGGGCAUCUCAUUACCUCCUGGGGUCAUCGUCAUGACAGCCCUUCACUCCCCCGCAGCCUCAGCAGCCGUUACAGACAGUGCGUUUCAAAUUGCCAAUCUGGCAGACUGCCCACAGAAUAAUUCUUCGGCAUCGAGUGGCAACCCGGCGAAGAAGAAAAGGAAAAGGUGUGGGGUCUGUGCACCCUGCAGGCGGCUAAUCAACUGUGGUGUCUGCAGCAGUUGUCGGAACCGCAAAACGGGCCACCAGAUCUGCAAAUUUAGGAAAUGCGAGGAGUUGAAGAAGAAGCCAGGCUCGUCGCUGGAGAGGACGCCGGUGACUAAUGGCGAAGCAUUCCGGUGGUUCUUCUGAAGACACGGAGCGCCCGGGCCCCCCCAGCAGGAGGUCCCCAAGGAGCGACUCUGUGGACGGUCUGCUCAGGACACUAUGUGACUCAAAGCAACACAUUUUUGGACCGAAAGACAGGACUGAAAGACCUUUUUGGACGGGAAGAUGGAUUGAAAACAUACUGGGUGUCGUUUGCUUUUUCUGUGUAAUUAUUGUACCUUUUGACAGUAUGACAAUGUAUAUUUUCGGUGUCUAUGAAUGUGUUUUCGGCGUUCGCGGCCCGGGGACGGGGCCGCCGACCUCCUGUAAAGAAAGAGACAAUCGUAGCACCACACACUGAGGACACGGACAGACCGCCAGGAUUGACGUUAAAGCGACAGCAAUAAUUCUUUUUCAGCUUUUCUCCCUCCGAGGAAUCUUUCUCCGCUGUUUUGUCUCAAUGAGGCAAAAAUGGAAUUUUUUUUGUUCUUGAUUCUAACCGGGUGUGGGCUCACUGCAGUACAGGGCACAUUGUCUUGAGCAAGUGAGUCGCGCUUCUUUUUUAAAACGGAGCAUUUAAAAAUCGGAGUCGGGACUCAAAUCUGGAGAUUUUUUUCUGGGUAUUUAAAAAAAAAAAGACUUUAAAACCAAUGAAAGUACACUAUGAACAUAUCAGGCGGAGUUCUGCGACGACGGACUUUUGGCUACUCCCCCGCAGAGCAGGCCAUUACGAAGCAUCCCCCGAAAUGGAGUUCCCCCUUGUCCUUAACCCUGUUGUUGCAUGUGUACAUGUGUUUGGCUUUUAAAGACCACUUAAGAAUUUGUAUAUUGUUGUUGUGAUGCUUUUAUGUGUUCUAAUAAAAAAAAGAAUGA